AUGGCUCGCAGGGCAAUUCAAAAAGAUGUAAUCGUAAAGCUGAUCGUGGGUGCGGGCCAAGCAUCGCCUUCUCCCCCAGUGGGACCAGCGCUCGGCAGCAAGGGUGUCAAGAGCAUCGAUUUCUGUAAAGAGUUCAACGCUCGCACUGCCCAUAUGGAACCUGGCACGCCAGUACCUGCUCGGGUGACAGUACGUCCCGACCGCUCAUUCACAUUCGAACUUCGUACUCCAACAACAUCCUACCUGCUGCUUCAAGCGGCUGGCGUCAAAGAGAGUAAAGGGAAAGUUCGCGGAGCUAGGUCGCCAGGGAAGGAGGCUGUGGGGAGCAUUAGCUUAAAGCACGUAUACGACAUUGCAAGGAUAAAGCAAAGCGAAUUGAGGUUAAGCGGCCUAACCUUGGAGGGUUUAUGCAGGAGCGUGAUCGCCCAAGCCAAAACUGUUGGAAUAGCUGUCCAGCCCUAA